CCAACCCCCCUUCAUUCGUCCCUUUUUUUCUUCGACCGGCGUUAUAAUAGGGAUAAUGCAGCAAGUCCUUCGAUUGCCAGUCCAAGAUUCUAUGUCCACCACGACGACGAAGGUUAUGGAAAGACCGACGAGCGAGGAACUGCUUUCUGAUUGCGAGAGCGGGAUUUCAGGCCCUAACUCCACCGCCGCCGAGGCGACGAAGACGGAGAGGCGAAGUCCGGUAGAGUGCGGGGAGCUAACCACGGUGGGCGAAGAGGAAAGGAUUCACCAGAUAAUCAGGGAGAAGCUUCUCGCAGGCGGCGCACUGAGCGCAUCUAUAGAGGCGGUUCGGGCGAAUGCUUUCUCGAGCAUGACCAAGAAGGCGAAGCUUCAGGCAUUCGAGAUCUUCGCCAAAGCGGCGGAGAAGGAAUCGGGAUGCUGCAGUGGUGCUAAUGUGCGCUAUGCUUGGUUCGGAGCUUCAAUUGAUGACAUCGCCACCGUCCUCUCCCAAGGGUUUCUUCCUUGUAUGAUUAAGAAGGACGGGAUCCAUGGCCAUGGGAUCUACCUCUCUCCCGAUCAUUUCCCCCUCGAAAGCGUGAAAUCAGCAGUGGGAGACGAGAAUGGGGUGCGGCACAUAUUGCUCUGCCGGGUGAUACUGGGGAAGACGGAGGUGGUGCCGCCAGGCUCCGGGCAGUGGCUCCCCAGCUCGGGAGAUUUCCACUCCGGGGUUGAUGACUCCGUCUCUCCCACCAACUAUAUUGUUUGGAGCACUAACAUGAACACGCACAUCCUGCCUCUCUACCUUAUCAGUUUCAGACUGCAUUCCUCCCCCGGUGGGGAGGAGAGAAUUGGUGGGGGGCUUGGAUAUAGGAAGCCAACAUCGCCAUGGAUUCCCUUUACGGCUCUGCUUUCUGCACUGGCAAAAUGCUUGCCUCCUCGCACCAUGAGAUUGAUUGCAGACAUGUACAGGGAUCAUAGAGAAAGGAAGAUCUCAAGGCGUGAACUGAUAGAGAGAAUGAGGGAGGUGGCUGGAGAUGAGUUGCUUGCAGCAAUCAUUAAAGCCCACCGCACUAAACCUCAUCAUCAUCAUCAUCCUUAUCACCGGAGGAAUAAUAUCUCAGAGGGCCAAAUGCAAUUGGGAAUGUUGAUACGAUCCAAGCAAGAAUCUGAGCAGCCAUCAUCUUCAUCUUCUUCAUCACCUUUCUCACUACAUACUCCAUAUUAGUAAUAUUUACGAGCAUACUGUCACUGUAAUACCCACCCCUUACACCCUUACCCUUUUGACAAAAGACUAGUCAUCAUCUUCCUCAACUUCUUCAAAAAAAAGUUGUACUCCCUAUUUCAUUUUCAUACUCCAUUUUCAUCCAAAUCAUCUACAAACCAAGGAAAGAAAUUGAAUGAAGAAAUUUUCUGUCUUAAA